CCAGAUGGCUCUGCCAUCACAAACGCCCUCACGUCGCCAUCUUUCCUUCUUGUUUAUCGCCGAUUUCGUCCACUUUCCAACACGAAACGAUGUCCAACAGCCGCAACGACUGCCGAAUCUACGUCGGGAAUCUGCCCCCGGACAUCCGCACCAAAGACAUCCAAGACCUGUUUUACAAAUUCGGCAAAGUUACAUUCGUCGACUUGAAAAACCGACGGGGACCUCCUUUCGCCUUCGUCGAGUUCGAGGACCCCAGGGACGCGGACGACGCCGUACAUGCACGGGACGGUUACGACUACGACGGCUACCGCCUCCGGGUGGAAUUCCCGAGGGGCGGCGGCCAUGGCAGCUUCAGGGGUGGCCGCGGCGGCGGCGACAGGGGACGCAGCUCCAGGGGGCCACCAGCUCGCAGGUCGCAAUUUAGAGUGCUUGUGACAGGGUUGCCACCGUCGGGCUCGUGGCAGGACUUGAAGGACCACAUGCGGGAGGCUGGAGACGUGUGCUUCGCGGACGCGUUCAAGGACGGUUCAGGCGUUGUGGAGUUUCUCCGAUACGAAGACAUGAAAUAUGCUAUAAAGAAAUUGGACGAUUCGAGGUUUAGGUCACAUGAGGGGGAGGUUUCGUACAUAAGGGUGAAGGAAGAUCGUGGGGGGAGUGAUAGACGGUCAGGGGGAAGGUCACGCAGUCGUUCAUAUUCGCCCCGUCGGAGGGGUUCCCCAACAUACAGUCCGGUCAAAAGGAGUUACUCCAGAAGCCGUUCUCGCUCCUAAUUUAAUCUACUCUACGGACUGGCCUUUUUGUAUAAUGUACGUAUCAAAAAAACCGGGGAUUUUUUUAAUUUGAUUGAUUUAAAAAAAAUGCAAGAGAAAAAAAGCGGUUGGUAACCCUGGAAUUUGUAUUUGUAAAUGUGGGUAUUUUAAUUCUUCUGACAUUCCUGGAAGAAUCGUUUUUUUCUCUCCUCCAUUCUUGUAAUUUUUUAGACUUAAAUUUUAUAAAAAUUUUCAAUUAGGUUAGAGUACGGAUAAGGCACUAAUAUGUAUUGUUUCUUUUUUCUGUUACCGUACAAUUUGCUGAGUCAAUCAGCGUUGGACUGGUUUUUGGAAAAAAUAAUAAAGUCGAUAGUAAAAUAAUAGACAAUAAAAUGUUAUCUUUGACACACCCGGAUGCAAGAGGAGUGGAUGAAUGUUGUUAGGAGGGAGUCUCAAAGAUCGUGGAGGAGGAUAUUUAAACUUUUAACACACUAAGCAUUGCAUUUUUCGGAGUGUUGAGAGGACACCACACAAUUAAAUGGCUCGGUAAAUAAGUUAUUCAAUUUUUCUAACAAUGAAACACAAUCAUUUCAAAAAAUUAACUGACACGUUUCUCAUUGAAAAAACAGUGUUUAAACGAGAUGUUUUGCAAUGCGAUAGGUCUCACAAACACGGGAUUUUGAUCUCCACUUCACCGGAAGGAAAGGACAAACUCCUAGGAUUAGGAUUUUUUAAAUAAAUUGUAGUAAUUUUCGGGGGAUUUUAAUACUUUUCCUAGGAUUUUGGCGAUGAAGUGGAUUUAAAACUGUUUGAGGAUUAGGAUAGGAUUACUAGGAUUAGGAUGAGUGUACCGGAAGGACCUCGUGGAUUUGUUCCCAGGUAUUUGAGACUUCUUUUUCGUUUUUUAUUAAUAUUUUUUUAUCAUUUUGCUUGACAAAAAGUGUGGCUUUUUGUUGUUUUCACAAUUGCAUGUUUAUUUCAAUAAAAAAUUCUCAACUACAA